GAUAUUUAAACCAUGGCUGAUGAAGAAUCGAUAAGAAUUAAAAUAAUUCUGUUAGGUGAUUCAGGUGUAGGAAAGACUAGCUUAAUUCGUCGAUUUGUUGAUGACCGAUUUAUACAGAAUGAAGUGGCGACAAUCGGUUUCGAUUUUAAACCUUAUCAAACAAUUGUAGAUGGCAAAACAAUUCAGUUAAAUAUAUGGGAUACAGCCGGUGCUGAACGUUACAGUGGUUAUUUAACUCCUUCUUUCUAUCGUCAUGCUCAUGGAGCUCUUUAUGUAUACGAUGUUACUUCUGUACAAAGUCUUUCUGGAAUAGAAUAUUGGGCAGAACAAACAGAACAAUUCUGUGGUAGUCGACUAUUAAAAAUGCUUGUUGGAAAUAAAAUUGACUUGAAUGAUCGUAUAGUUUCAAAAAAAGAAGGUUCAAAUUUAGCUCGAAAAUUAGGUUCACUUUUUGUUGAAACCAGUGCAAAAACAAGUGAAAAUGUUCGUCAUGCUUUUGAAGAACUUGUUCGUAAAAUACUUCAAGAUCCGGAAUUCUUGUCAGCCAACUCAUUGUCACAACCACCACAAGGUGUAUCCUUUCAAUCCAGUCAACCGAACACAUCAUCAUAUUCAUCUUGUUCUUGUUAACAUGUAAGCAAAAUUCACGAACAAACAAAAAACAACCCCCCCUGAUCACUACUAUACCACAUACCGACAAUCUGGAAUUGAGUUCACUCACUACGCUACUCAACAGUCAAGAAAACUAAUAAUCCUACUUUGAAAUGCACCGAAAUCAAUCACAAAAUUUUCUUAAUGCCUGUGAUUUUUCUAUUUUUACUUAUUCUCACAUCAAUCCUCUUAUAUAUAUAUACAUAUAUACAUUUUUUGUACUGCGUGUAGAAUUUCAUUUGUGUGUAUGUGUGUGUGUGAAUACGACGACAGCAUUAUGAUAUAAAAUUACUGAGUUAUUUUUCCUUUUUUACAAUGAAAUAGUCGAUCAUCAAUAUAUUUUCUUUUAUUUUUUUGUGACUUUGCCUUUGUUUAUUAACAAUAUAAACAUUCUUCUUCUAAUCA